AUGGAAAAUCUAAAACAAAAACGUCAGGUCAUAAAGGGCUCCAUAACUCGUAUUUACACAUUCUGUCUGAAUCAAAACGCAUCUUUAGACGAAGUUAAGGUGCGUAUCAGUAAACUUGAUGAACUAUUUUCACAGUAUGAAGAGAUACAAAAUAGCAUUGAUGAUCUCGCCGGCCCGUCUCAGGAUGAAGAAGUGUAUCGAAGCGAGAAGGAAGAUAAAUAUUUCGCAACUAAAUCUAUAUUUGCCAAUCGAGUACGAGAGGAUGAAAGUAAUCGUAUGAUGAGUGAGCAUCCACAAGGUGGAGACAAGACUAGGGCCAUGCAGUCACUUAUGGACCACCAAACCACUAGGAGUGCGCUAAUCGAGAGAAUAUCGAAUAGCACUGGGAUGAACGCAGCGUCGUCACCCUUUAAUCAACCAAAUGAUCGUAAUACACGAGACAAACACGAAAUUCGUCUUCCGCAUAUUCAAAUUCCCGAAUUCGAUGGGACGUAUACCGAAUGGAUUCGUUUUCGUGACCUAUUCGAAGCCAUGAUCCACACAAGAGCUAAUUUGUCAGACGUGGAAAGGUUCGAAUACCUGCAAACAAGACUCAAGGGAGACGCGUUGUCGUUGGUGAAGCAUUUAAGGCCUACAAAUGAUCCACACAAGAGCUAA